CCCCGGAAGUUUUGAAUCCUGUCUCUGAGUGACCACACGAGCAGACAGCGAAGAGUUGUAUCUUCUGUGCCGUCGGUUUGUUUUUUAAAACCUGAAAAAGACGAAUAAUUACCAAGUUUACCUGCACAACAGUGUGUUUUGUGCCCCCAGUGCACCGGGGUGAAGCUCCCUCCGUUCCCGCCCACAGAGCAGCAGAUGUCCGGCUUCGACCUGGUCCGAGUGGACGGUGGCGGCGGCGGGGAUCCCAUCCACCUGCCGCCGGGGGAGACGGUGCUGGGCAGGGGGCCCUUCCUGGCUGUCAGUGACAAGAGAGUGUCCCGCCUGCACGGGCUGCUGGAGCGCCUGGACGGACAGCUGCGUCUCAAACCGACCCACCUGAACCCGUGCUUCGUUCAGUCGUCCCUGACCGACAGCCCUCGCCCCCUGCAGAGAGACUCCUGGUACCCUCUUCACGAUGGAGACCUGUUCUCUCUGCUGCCGGGCCAGUUCCUCUUCCAGGUGGUGGCCGUGGGCGGAGAGGACCGCACUCCCAGAAACAGUCAGCUGCUCGUUUGUCCCGAGCCAGAUGUGGAGCCCCCUCCUCCUGUCGGACCCGCUCCACCUCGCAACGAGCCGGCACCAACGCCAGCAGCUCUGUCGGACCAGGAGGAAGCCGACCAUGGACGUUUAAACAAGGCAGACUGUGCACAACCAACGGAAGAGGAGGACGACCGAAGACACGUCCCUCCGCCUGUAACCAAGAGGAGAGUUUUACCGGCAUGGAUGAUGAUGGCGGUGGGACAUACACACAGUCCCUCCUUCUCUUCCUCCAGUCCCAAAGUUGCAACAGCUGCUAAGCGAAGUAAAGCGCCGCCCACCAGCGCUAAAGGAGCAGCAGCCAAACAGGCCACGCCCCCCAAAACCUCCUCACCGCAGGGGGCGGGGCUUAGCGAGGAGGAGGAGGAGGAGGAGGAGAGGCCAAAGAAGAGGAGGAGGAAGAGGAGCGAUGAGGAACAGACGGCAUCUCAGUCGAAAACAGAUCUCCCUCCCCAGCAGCCCUCGCCUCGUCUUCCGAGCGAAUCCAAGAGGUCGGAGAUGAGCGACGAGUCCGACGGCUUCCCCAUGGAGACGGACGAGGCCGAGGGAGGCGGAGAGACGUCCACAGCUGACGGGAACACCGCGAAAAACGGACGCCGGCAGACGAAACGAGCCGAGUCCAUGGCGGCGAACAGCGGCGCCGCGUCCGGACCGCGACUCAGAACGCCGUGUCCGUACGGGAAGAGCUGCUACAGGAAGAACCCGGUCCAUUUCCAGGAGUGCAGUCACCCCGGUGACACGGACUACGAGGAGGACGAGGAGGAGGAGGAAGAGCAAGAGACAGGGGAGGACCGACCUGAGUGUCCCUACGGCACCGACUGCUACAGGAAGAACCCUCUUCACAGGAAGGAAUACAAACACACAAAGAAGCCAGCUCGCGCCGCACGCGGCGUCCCCAAGAAGGACGCCGGAGACGACGACUCUGGGGACGACGACAGCUUCAUCGACGACGACAGCGAGGACGCGGGCGACGACUCGGACUACCUUCCUCCCGUCUCCGACGACAGCGAUAAGGAGGACGUCAAAGCACUGCAGAAGGAAGCAAAGGCCUUCAUGAAGAGAAAGUAGACCCAGACUUUCAUUUUUUCUUUCUUUUCGCCGUUUGUUUUGAAGCUGCAGAGCAGAGACUCGACUGGAGAAGAGUCGACACUACUUGGCACUGCGUUAUUUCAGUCGACAUCUUAAAAUAUAUCGAGCACCGAUACACGGCCAUCGCCUUGAUACAGCAUCGUCACGUAGUCCUGGACGGCCGCUCAGGUGAAGCAUCUAUUUUUGACAUUUGAUUUUCGCUUUUAAAUAUGAACGUAUACCCGAGGAAAGCAUCACUUUUCAGAGGGAUUGAAAGAAGUUGUGUGCUGUGCCUGUUGACGUCUGUGUCCUAAUUUGGAAAAAAACAACCCGAGCCAAUUAGAGCUUUUUUUAGCCGCAUAAAGACUGCGUGUCUUCUGUGUCACGUGGACAAACAAAAGUGUCCGCAGAAGAAAAGCUGCUUCUUUUGUUAACUGUAAAUGACAAACACAUGUCCUGCUACCGUUGCAGAAUAAAACAGCCCUCCCCAAACACAAAACGCUAACCUAACACGACCUCAGGCUGAGUGGAAGAAGGGAAACUGAAAGGAAAAUCAGUCUCACUGAGAGGCUGUAACUCCAAUCAGUGCAAGUCGUGAUAUUUUGUACUUUUCGUCCACCUGAUGUUGAUGUAAAAACUACUGAACUGCCUCUAAAAAAACAAAAAAUACGUAUUUUUUUUUGCUUUAUAUGUUCCAUAUCAUGCUCUUUUUUUUUUUAGUUCAUACUUUUUUUGGGUUUGUACUAGAACUUGUUUACAUGUUUUAAUGUACUGUCUAAAUAUACCUGUAUAUUAUGUCUGAAACGCUCCGUUGAAGCGCCUGUCUCUUUAAGAGCUUCAGUCUGCUCUGAUUGGUCAGCGUUUCCGGGUCUCUGGGUAUCGCCACUGAUUUACUGAUUUGAUUCUGAUUCAAUGCCGGUUACAAAACCAAUUUCCUACCAAGAUUCCCUCUAACCUGCUGCGUUAUUAAAAGUAUCAGUGUUUACAUUAAGAUCCAGGAUUUAGCCAAAGAAUUUGAACAUAGACAACUUCUCAGUCCCUCCCCCCCUUUCUGCUAAAGCCCAAA